AAACAACAGUAGUGGAAAGAAAGAAAUCUGAAGGAAAAUUGGCGGUUUGGACCAGUGCUAUAAUUUGGACUCGUGAAUGACAAGUCUGUUUGUUUUUUCUGAGAUUCUACAUGUUGUAGGUUUUUGUUUUGUUUUUCACAAGCGUCAUCACACAGUUCAAAUGAAGAACGUCCUAGGACUUUUAGUGUUGGGAACGUGUUUCUUUGUAGGCCUAAAUAACGCAGCUCAACCUUCGAAUAGUAAACCAAACGACAUACGGCAAUAUAACCAUGACCCCAGCAAAUACAAAAUCGUGUGUUACUAUAGCGCCUGGGCAGUUAAUCGACCACAUCCAAUGGACUAUGAUAUAGAAGAUAUUCCAGCAGAUCUGUGUACCCACAUCAUCUAUUCCUUCGUAGGUCUGAACAACGUAACAUGGGAAGUGAUGAGCUUGGAUCCAGAAUACGACCUAGAACAAGGAGGGUACAAACGAUUUACUGGGCUUAAGAUGAAAUAUCCUCAUCUUACACUUUUACUGGCAAUCGGAGGAUGGGAUGAAGGAGGAAAGAAGUACUCAGACAUGGUGAGUACCAAACAAAGACGGAAUAUUUUCGUGCAGAGCGCUCUGGAGUGGACCUUGAACCUCGGAUUUGACGGUUUCGACCUGGACUGGGAAUACCCUGGAGCUUAUGACCGAGAUGGCAACUUCAAAGACAAGGAAAAUUUUCUGAAACUAGUUCAGGAAUUGAGAGAAGCGUUUGAUCCUUAUGGACUUCUACUAACAGCAGCCGUGCCGGUGGCAAAGUUCCGACUACAAGAAGGUUAUGAAGUGAGACCUCUAGCUAAUUUGUUAGAUCAGAUCCACGUGAUGACUUAUGACCUCCGAGGAAACUGGGCCGGAUUUGCGGAUGUCCAUAGUCCACUGUAUAAACGUCCAUUUGAUAAGUGGGCUUACGAAAAACUGAAUGUACAUGACGGUCUCCAACUGUGGGUUGACAGUGGCGCCCCCAAGCAUAAGUUAAUUGUUGGAGUUCCUUUUUACGGCCGAACUUACACCCUGGGCAGCAAAAGUAAUAAUGAUCUACGGGCUCCUGUCCAGAAGUGGCUUGGGGGCGGAUUGCCGGGGCUGUAUACAAAUGCUACAGGAUUUUUGGCUUAUUAUGAGAUUUGUGAAAACCUUAUGACUGGCAACUGGACAAAAAAAUAUGAUGACAUCGGGAAAUGUCCUUAUACUUUUCAUGACAUUCAGUGGGUUGGCUAUGAAGAUGACGACAGUAUUGGGAUUAAGAUGGAUUACAUCCGGGAGAAAGGGUAUGGUGGCGGUAUGAUCUGGGCCAUUGAUAUGGAUGAUUUCCAGGGAAUUUGUGGAAAGAAGAAUGUCCUUCUGAAGAUGAUGAAUGACCGGUUGGAUGGUUAUGUUGUUCCAACUCCUGAUCCUAAGGCCACAACAACAAGUAGUUCUGGCCCAUCCUCGUCACCAAGACCAACUCCACCACCAGGUGUCGUGGACUGUAACAAUCCUGAUUGGCGAUACUUCCCGCAUGAGACAGACUGCAGAAAGUAUUAUUGGUGUGUCCACGAUGAACCAGUGUUGAAGGAAUGCCAACCUGAUACAGUGUGGGAUACGUCUUUAAAUAUCUGCACAUGGCCACACAUUGCGAAUCGCCCAGAGUGCAGAAAUUAAAACCACAAGAUGCACAGUUGCAUCUCCAUAUGGUCAUCGAUUUUAUUUGUCAUGGUAUCUUUCUAAUGUGAUUAAAGAAUGUAUAAUAAUGUAA